CGAGCUAUUGCCUGAAAGAGAUCGCGCAGCUCACUGGCUCAGUAUCGAGGGGGUGCAACUGGCCAUCCCUGAGAACCCCCCUCCUGCCCCCAAGGAGCAGCAGAAGGCAGAAGCCACCAAGCCGCUCAAGUCCGCAGGAGAAGGACGGGACCCUGAAGGGUAAAGGACAGAGCGUGGUCACCAUGGAUGGCAAAGGGAAGGAGAAGAAGGGCCCGUUGCUGGAGGGGGCCCCGCUGCACUUCAGGCCCCGCACUGUGCACGAGCUCUUGGUGGAGCAGCAGCGCUAUUACAAGCCCGUGGUGAAGCUUGUGUCAGCAGCUCCCUCUGUGCCCAGCGCCACCAUCACCGGUGCCACCAUCCCUGGCAGCGUGCAGAAGUACAUCGUGGUGUCCCUGCCCCCUCCAGCGACACCAAAGCCCUUCUGGCCGCUACCACCCCCGCCCUGGGGCCGCAGCUCUCCACCCCGGCUGCCCUCACCCACAAAACUGAGCCUGGAGACAGCCCCUAGGGGCACCUGGGGACACCCAGUGACACCCAAGGGGGACAAAGCCCCCCAGUGUGUCCCCAGUGUGACCUGUGUCCCCCCCCAGCGUUCCCCAAUGUGGGACUCCUCUAUGGGGACACUGGAGGUGGCUUGGCAGGGUCUCCAACGUGCCCCCAUGUGACCUGUGACACCUUUUGGGGGGGGUGACACCCCUAUACCCGUGUUGUAAAUACUCCAAUAAACUCCCAGUCCAUCCCAGUGUCCCCCCUCCACCCCAUUGCCCCACCUCCAUGCCAGUGCCCCCCCCAGUCCAGCCCAGUGCCUCCCAGUUCAUCCCAGUGUCCCCCCAGUCCAUCGCAGUGCCCCCCCUCCACCCCAGUGCCCCCCUUGCACAGGUGCUCCACUUUGCACACACAUCUGCACAAGACACCCCCCAGGGGAGCCCGAGGGUUAGAGCCAACCCCUUAUAACCACUGGGUCCUAGUGGCCAUCCCCAGUGCUCCCAGUGGCCCCGAGUGCCGUUCCACUUUGCCCUGCUCUGGAUCCCCCUCCAGCACCGGCUCCAAACCGCAGCCAUUCUGCAGUGGGUCUUCUUCCUCGCCCUCGGAAUUAUCUCUUCGGGCUCCAUCCUCACGGUGUUUUGGCUGCCGGCACCUUCGGCAACUUCUGCACCGAGGCCACGGGUUUCGGGGUCUCUUCCGGGGGCUGCGCUCCCACCUGCUCAUGCUGCCCGACUGGUUC